UUUGGCCGUCGGCAUUCUCCCAUGUUCUCCAGUGGUCACAUCUGCUAAAAUGUGAAAUUUCAAUGACUUCUCUGACCAGGUGUGUGAUUGGCGGUACUUACAUAAAAAAGCCAUUCAUAGCUUGGAUUCGCCCAGUUCCCUCCUGUCGUCCUCCCGUAUCAGUUAUGCCACAACUGUCUGAAAUGCACAUUAUUGACAACGCGCAGCUCAUCCUCGGCGCUGGGGCUUGUUUUGGGGUAUUCGUAUUAGGAAUGAGUGCUUAUUACCUUCGGAAAUCAGAUAGUGGACUUCCUCUUCCGCCUUCCCCUCCCACUUCGAGACUUCGGGGGCAUUUCCUGCCUCCUCACAAGUACAGUUGCACGUUUCACUCGUUGUUCGGUAAUGCUGAUUAUGUCCCAUCGCUCAUCAGCCCAUUUCUUACUGUAGAGAAAUGGAUCGACGAGUACGGUCCUCUGAUCACCAUUCGCUCAGGAACUGAGAAAAUCGUUAUUAUCGGCCGUCACAAUGCCGCGGUAGAUAUCAUGGAGAAGCAGGGCGGGUCUGUGGCUGAUCGUCCUCGCCUCAUUGCUGCUGGAGAAAUCCUCGAUGGCGGACUGUCAAUUACCUUUGCACACGUUGGGAGUAGAUUGCGUCAGAUGCGUAGAGCGCUUCAUACGCAUCUCCAGCCUAAGGCAGCUGUGGAAUACGAGCCCCUACAGACGUCACACGCAAAGAACACGGUCCUCGACAUUCUUGAAAAUCCAGUCAAUUUCCAGAACCACGCUGGAACGUAUGCUGCGACGACGAUUAUGAAAAUUGCGUAUGGGAAGGCUACGCCCACAUCUGCCACUGACCCCGAAGUCAUCCAAGCGCGUAGACACCUCCGAAUAUUUCGUAUAGCGCGUCGCCCUGGCACUUAUCUGGUGGACACGAUCCCAUGGCUCCGAUACCUUCCUUGGUAUGGCCAAGAAUUGAAACGGGAGUUCAAGAGGCAAAAUCAGCUCUACACCGAUCAACUGAACCGUGUGAAACAGCAAAUAGGGAGUAAUGUGGAUGCUGGCCCUUCGUUCGCAAAAUAUGCGCUAGAAAAUGUCAAAUUCCUUGGCUUGACAGAGAUGGAGAUUGCUUCUCUUGCCGGCACCUUUUUUACAGCUGGAUCUGAUACGACUGCUCUGGCAAUAUGCACGGUGCUGAUGGCAGCCGCAUGUUUCCCCGAGGAACAGGCUAAAGUCCAGGCCGAGAUUGAUGUCGUUGUAGGAAGGAACCGAGUACCGACCUUUGCUGACGAUAAAUCUCUUCCUCGUCUUCACGCUUUCAUCUCUGAGGCUUUGAGAUGGAGGCCGCUGAUUCCCGGCGGAUUGGCUCACCGAACGACUCAGGAGGUGAUUUGGGGAAGCUAUUGUGUUCCUGCUGGGACUACGGUAUUCGGCGAUCAUUGGUCCAUUUCUCGGGACCCAGACGUCUUCCCCGAGCCUCACUCAUUCAUGCCUCAGCGUUGGAUUAACGAUCAAGGUCGCAUCAGGGACGACCUCAAAUUCUUUGUCUUCGGGUUUGGUCGUCGCGUAUGCCCUGCUCAACAUCUUGCGGAAAGAUCGGUGUUCAUAAACUCGCUUCUUAUUCUUUGGGCUUUCCACCUGGCUCUGGAUCCUACGAAGCCGCUGGAUGACAUGAUGUUCAUGAGGGGGGAGAUGGGAAAGCCGCACCGGUGCGCUAUUGAGUUUGAGACGAGGGUUCCGGAGACCGAGCUCAGGCGCAUGAUGCAAAAUUUUCCCGAGGUUGCAUGAGAAAUCCAAGUUAACGUUCAAACCACAGUUAGUUCAACGCAUGUGCCGCGUUGGUAUUUUGGGUUCUAGACUUGUAUGAAUGGACGAAUGAUUGUGAUCGGCUGAGUACGAAAUGUAACUUGCUUAGCUCCUUCAUCGAUGUAUCAAUACCAUGGCACCAACACAC